GCUAGGGAUCUGCUUGGUAGAAAUGCAUAUUGCUUAUCUCCACUUACAUGCUGCUGCUUGCAGCAAAUAAGCCAGAAACAUUUGAAAAACUAGGGAAAAAGUAAUGAUUAUGUAAUAAUAUAGAGAGACGGCACUAAGAAGUGCCUUUUCCCCACUGUUGUAAACAGUGACACUAUCUUUCCUUUCUUUCCAUGUUUCAUUUCUUGGCUCUGGAUCCCUAACAUCUGGAGAUACUUUCUGGCAGAGGAAACCUGUCUUUUUUCUCUCAGCUGUGGGUGCUGGGCAUACAUAUGGUUAAUGGCAGCUGUGCUCACAACUGAGGGAGGAGGGCUGGCGGCGUGCAGUGUCUGCCCCUUUCUUUCCCUUUCUCUCUCUCUCUCUGUUUUCCAGAAAGCGUCUUUCUGCUUGGCGCCUGAGAUCUGAAGACUAUAGGCGGAACUGCUGGGCUCUCCUCUCUGCCUUCUCACAGGGAGGGGAAGUAUUUACGUGGAGGGGGAUGCUGUAGACUUCCAAAGACAAACACAAGCAGUGGCUGUGGCAGCCUAUCAUCCUGUCCCCAAGGGCAUCAGAUCCAGCCUCCCUGUUGAAACACAUGAGAACUAACUUCCUGGGAACCUACUCUUUGCUUCUUUGACGUUCACGGUGAAAUACAAUAGGAAGCAUUAUACUGUUAAUGGACACAACGCCAUGAAGGGACCACUGAUACACAGUACUUUUUGGCUUAUCUGCCUGCUAUUUCAGAAUUCCGGAACUGAGAGAGAGGCGGAAGAGAGGCCCGGAACACCCACACGGCCACCACUCUGGGAUCAGACUUCUAGAACUGAAUAUGGCUAUCAGAGACACAGCAAGCAGCCAGGAAGGUCGGAGUGUGUUCGCUGCUGUGAUCCUCCUGCAGCACAUCCCAUGUAUUACCCCAUGCCUCAGAUCAACAUGACCAUCCUGAAAGGUGAGAAAGGGGACCAUGGUGAUCGUGGCUUCCAAGGGAAGUUGGGAAAAGCUGGUGCAGCAGGCAAGAAGGGUGAGAUGGGCUUCAAAGGGCAAAAGGGCAACAUGGGAUCACCCGGAGAGAGUUGCAAGACCAACUAUGCUGCCUUUUCGGUGGCUCGGCGGAAACCCUUGCAUAGCAAUGACUAUUACCAGAUACUUGUCUUUGACACUGAGUUUGUGAACCUCUACAGCCACUUCAAUAUGUUUAUGGGCAAAUUCUACUGCUACGUCCCGGGCAUAUAUUUCUUCAGUCUCAAUGUGCACACCUGGAACCAGAAGGAGACCUACCUUCACAUCAUGCACAACACAAAGGAAGCAGCCAUCUUAUAUGCACAGGCUAGUGACCGAAGCAUCAUGCAGAGCCAGAGCCUCAUGAUAGAGCUACAGGACCAGGAUGAAAUCUGGAUACGGCUCUUCAAGGGUGAACGUGACAAUGCUGUCUUCAGUGAUGAAUAUGACACCUACGUCACCUUCAGUGGAUAUCUGGUUAAGCCUAGCUCAGACCCUUGAAUCAACUAGCAGAUGGACAGCUUGUUCCUAUCAGCUUUGGCUUCUCCCCUUUUUUUGCUAAUUUCUAGCACUGCUCGCUGCGGGGAAGCACUCACUUGCACUGGAAGCACCCACAGAACUUGGUCCUUGAUGAGAUAUUCUAAACUAGGAUCUUUCUUUUGAUAAACAUGGCUUUUCUUCUACAUCAGCCUUACCUGGUGCUCUCCUAACAUGAUGGAUUAGAACUUCCAAGAUGCUGGUAUUGUCCAGCUACAGUUUUCAGUCUAGUUAGGAUUGAGACUUUGGAAAGACGUAAUCCAACACAACUUGAGGAUCUCAAACUGGAGAUUGGAUCUUAUUAUUUUAUCUUGAAUUUCAGUGAUCAAAAAUUCAUAUCUUCCCAGAUUAUAGCUUAAUGGCUGUCCUGAUAGGCCUGCCAUAACUUGGAGGUCUUUCUGUGGUACUAGGAUACACAGCCAUUAUCUCUCUGAUUUCUGGUGUUUCCAUUGCCCAUCAUUGAACUUCAUCUUUCCUGAUGGAAUCUCGUCCCUCACAGCUAUAGAACUGUACUACCUCUAAUUCAUGUCCAUAUUGACCUUAAUCAUUCAUUUGUAUUAAUUUCCAAACCUUCUCCAGCGGACUCAGCUGAGCUCCCUAAGAGAGAUACCAGUACUGUCAUUUUUGUGCAUUUUUUUGCCCUCAAAUGAACUAUCAGAGGAUCCCCUGUAUAUGAUUUUUUUUCUCAUUGACUUCUGUCCUUCAGGCCUUCUUUUUCAUUUAACCUUUUAGGUCUUUGAGUUCUCUGCAAUGCACCUAAGCCGCCUUCUGUCUCCUAGCUGGACAUUGUAUUAAUGCCACCUAAUAAUAAAAAGCUUGUUAUUAUUUAGUAUAACAGUUGAAAAAGCUAUACCUUUUCUUUCUUUUGGAAGGUCUUGUUAACUGACCUUUUCAUUCAGGAGCUGCUGUUUAUCUGCAUCCGAUGGGGAUGCAUUAAAAAGCGUAACACUACAGCACUGGUUCCACAAACCACUACCUCCCUCCUGUUGCAAGCAUAUUCCCUCUAAUACAGUUCUUGGACCCUGCCCACCAUGGUCAUUUUAACUUGGUUUGCAGGGAAGAAUUAAGAUUGAAUUCCUGGCUUCAAUCAGAGGUAUCUGACUGUGUAACGCCUUUUUAAAGUGCUUUUUGGGUGUUACACAGGCUUUUGCUAUAAAUGGGUUUCGCACUCUUAAGAGAGUAUGUUAGUCCCCUGCUGCACAGAAGGUCAAUUUAAUUAUAAGUUUCGUGCUGUGCCGGGUCAAUGCAGACCCCAUGCAUGGUGUGAAGAGGCGGGAAUCUUCAGCAGUUUCCCACUUUCCAUGUAAUGAUCAAUGAUCAUGACGAUAGUGAUGACAAUAAUGAUGGUGGUGUUGAAUCUUUCCCCACUUUUGGCGCUGAGGAGGGCUGGGAAGUGGAAGCAAAUUCCUGUUUUUCCUUUUAUUUUGGAGUCCUGGCAUCGGAUUUCAAGGUGGUCAUGAAUGGAUCAGAUCCACUUUCAACCCGCAGGCUAAGAAAUACGAUUGGCUGCUCAUAUGCCUGGGAAGGCAGCAAGGACUCCACAUCCUUAUGUCCCUAUGCCAAGAAUUGGGGCAGGUGAGCCAGGAUUGUAAUGAGUGUAAAUGAUUCCAAGUUGUGGAGAAGAGGGAGGUGUUGCUAGUGGGUGGAUAGCUGGAUAUUUACAUUCUUAAAGGUCACCCUUUUGCCUCCUCCUGUGCCCAUUCUGAUUUGCAGAGGCUGCUUGAUGGCAUAGAAGCUCUACAGCCCCCUUUCCAUGUGGAAGCUGCUUUAUACCAAGUACACACAUACACAAACCAGACUGUUUCUCUUUUCCUGUCGAUUUUUUUUUUAAUGUUUUAACUGCCUUUCAACUUCGCCGUCUUUUUUGUGCAUUUCUCACACGCACAGUCUUUUCAGACAGCUCUGCUUCCCAUCUUCUGCUGUUUGCAUUUUUUUUUCCUGACAAUGCCACAGUUUCCACAGAUGUUACCCAUUCCAAAAUAUUACCCACUCUUUUUCUUUCUCCAUUCUUUUGAAGUCUAUUCAUUCCCCCAUCUGGAGCCCCCAGCCUUCUCCCUGAGUGUGACGUUACAGAGACAAAUUAUAGGACGUUUCUGCUGGCUGAAGGAUUGGAACAGCACAGUAUAUCCUGAGAUAUAACCAGCUCGGGUUUUGUUAUGCCUUCAUCCAGUUUCCAAAUACACCAUACAACUCAGCUCUUUGGGGCACCCAUUUUGGAAGAUAGUUUUUAGAAAUUGAGAGGGGGAAGACCUAGGAAACAAUGAGGGAUACUAAUGAGCAGAACUAUAACGGCUGAGGUGAUGUAGGACAAAGAAAGGCUGAAAUGACUGGUUUGAGUCCCACUUCAAGGCUAGAUGCCGUGUUCUGGUUUGCUGAGUCUUGUGUUCACCAUUGUUGCUGAAAUAGCUCACUUCUUCUAAUGGACAUCAAGUUUUCUAUCAGGAAAAGACAGUUUUGUGACCAUUUAGUGAAGGGCUUGAGUCAUUCUUAAUUUGGGCCAGUGAUCAUCAGUACAGGUAGUCCUCGACUUAACAAUAGUUCAUUUAGUGACCGUUCAAAGUUACAACGGCACUGGAAAAAAUGUUCAUUUAGUGACCGUUUUUCACACUUUUUCACAUCGAUGCAGCAUCUCCAUGGUCAUAUGAUCAAAAUUCAGAUUCUUGGCAACCGGUUCAUAUUUAUGACAGUUGCAAUGUCAGCUUUCGCGACCUUCUGACAAGCAAAGUCAUCAGGGAAGCCAGAUUCCCUUAACAACCAUGUUACUAACUUAACAAUUUCAGUGAUUCACUUGACAAUGGUGGCAAGAAAGGUCGUAAAAUGGGGUAAAACUAACCUAACAAAUGUUUCACUUAGUAACACAUGAUAUUGUUUAAGGCACAAUUUUAGGCUUAAUUGUGGUCGUACGUUGAGGACUAUCUGUACUGGACCUAGUCAUUUUUCAGCUUCCAGAGGAGAGAAAUCAACUGUACAACACACAUAAACGUAACAACUACAGCGGACAUGCAUUCUAUGGACCCUAAAACUAUUGUCUUUGUUGUUUCUUUUGAUGGAUGCUCUCCUAUUUCAUUGUUCUAUAAACAAUAUAUGAAAAUCUCCCAAAUCUUCAGGUGAGUGCAAGUUUCACAGUCUCCAGGUAACACAUUAUAUUGUUUAAUGCAUGAAACAAUUGCUUGCUUUUUGCUGGCCACCAGCAGCUUCAGAAAAUGUUUGAAGUCAUCUGCUUAUACAGGUUCUUUUGCCUACACGGUUGGAUUGAAACCAUGAGUUGUGAUGGCUCUCAUGGCCCCAUGUUAAAAAAAUGAUUGUAAAUCAUAAGUUCCAUAUGUUUGUACCUGCAUACCAUACCAUGACCAGGUGUAUAAAGGUUUUGUAUGCUGUAUUUCUAUUAGCUAACAGCAUGUGGGAAAUAUGAAACAAAAAAUGCAUCAAACGUCUAUUAUCCAAUCACCUCUCAUUAAAGUAACUCCUUAGCAGGUCAUUAUGGCCUCCUUCGUGUAGGCAAACAUUUUGCUUGCUCUUCUGAAAUCAUGAUUGUGGAAUGCCCUGGUGGGUGUUUUACCUAUUUACCAAAUGGCUGCCACUGUUGUCAUCAUCAUUCACAUGUCAGCUUCCCAUCCUACUUUCUCUUAUCUCAGUUUUCCUUUAUCAUUUUUUUCUAGACAGCUACAUACUUCUACCUCCAACGUUUAUUUCCCGAGAAUACACGUGAGGCUUAUGUGGACUCUGUGGCAUUCCUGUGGUACAAAUGAGGGUGGAGGCUGGUACUCAGCAUCUCAGCUGCUCUGUCCCCCUUUUUUCUUUAUGAUCUAAAAAUAAAUUAAAAUCAGGUGGGGUAGGGAUCUCUUGGGCUUCUUUAGUCUUCCAAGUUAUAUUUUACAGCAUGCCAAUACAAACACGAAUGCUUUCUUUUGCCUUCCCUAAACCCCUGUCACCCACCAGAUGUGUUGGACUUAAGGAUCCUUAGUCCCAAUCUGUUGGUCCAAUGUAAAUGAAAGGCACCAGAUUUGGGGAAGCUGUUGUAAAAACAUCACACAUUUUCAAAAAUAAGCAGCUAAUUAUUUUCAAGUGUUAUGUUUAAAGGAGGAAGAUGGUUAUUAGUAAAGCACAAAACGCUGGUGGAUUAGUAAGGGCUUGAACUGGAAAUGGCUGCAAAGAAUGUUGUUUUCCCCAAAGGUCUGCAUAAGCAUUGGAUCAAAGCAAAGUCUUGGGAGAUACAUGGAGUUCUGAUAAUUUGUUUCCCCAUAAUAUUUGAAUGUGUUUCAUCUCCUUAUAAUGUUCCUCUUUCAACUCACUCCACCCAGUAAUGAAGGAUCCGCUAGGACUGAUUGAAAAAACAAAUAAGCUUCCCUCUGGGAGCAUUGUUUGCAUUUCAAGAGAUCCGGCCAACUCAGAGCAAGGCUAUAUUUUGGAAAACAGUUAAAUUGGGGUGGGGGGGAGGCGUGUGGGAGAUAAAAGUUUUCUAAUAGGGGAGCCAAACAGGGUCAUGUAUCUGAAACACUCCAAAUCCCUUUGUCAAAUGGUCAAUUCCUUAUAAGAAACUAUAAGGCACAGAUGGCUGGUUUGUUGGGAACAAGUGAGUAUACAUAUAUUCUUAUGCAUAACCUUCUAAUUCUCAAGAUAUAUGUAAAAACUUUGUUCCAUUUUGGAUUUUCAUAUUUCAGCUUAUAUCACAUCCAGAAAUGGUUGCAAUAUGUAUACAGAUAUGAUAAUUCUGCAGGACGCAAAAAUGCAGUCAUAAUAAUUCAUCUUUUAGAGGCUCAUGUCUCAUUGUGGGAAAACAUCUAAUCUAAGGAAAAAUUUAGUGGAAGUGGGAAUCUGUGAGUUAGAAUGGAAUACCAGACAAAACUAAGGUUAAGAAGCAUACAGACUGUAUAGUAUUAGCAUUGUUGUUAUUUUGUAUGUUUAAUUUGGUAACAACAAGAGACUAGGGUUAAUUUUCUAGGCUAAUUGUGUAAGAUUUGAUUCAACAACUAAGAUCUUCAGUUUCCCAAAAAUGGGAGCCAAAAACAAAAUAAAAUAAUAAAAAAAUAAUGUGCAAAUGAUAGACAGACAAGGGACAUGUAAAGUAAAAUUAUUUCUUUUGUUUCUUUUUAACUGUCCAAUUUAAAAGAACAAUUCUUGUUCAGCCAAA